CUAAUGGCGCUCUCACGUCAGGAGUUGGACGAGCUGAGGCCUUACGUUUCGUCGAUUACUAGCGAUGUGCUUGGUUUUCCGGAAACUGCGGUUGUUAGCGCCGCUAUGGACUGUGUCAGCAAGAACUUGGAAAAAGAGAAAAUUGCGUUACAUCUGAGAACAUUGUUGGAUGAUCUUGCUCCAUCUUUUGUUGAUAAACUUUCAGACAAAGUUGAGCAGAUCAAACAGUCCCGCACUGCUGGAGAAUCCACAGGACGAAAAAGGAAGAGGGAAGGCUUUUCUGAGGCUGUCGGUGACUCUGGCAAAGAACCAAAGAAGCGGCUAAGAACUCGUUUUGACUUAAAUGAUGAAGACAUUUCUAAUGUGCCGUAUGCUGUUGAGGAACCGGUGAAUGCAGCUGGACUCACACGAUCACAGAUUGAUGAUGUAAUGGAGACAACAAUGAAGCAGAUUGAGGCGAGAAAACAGCAGCUGCAGAUAGGAACUGGAGUGCCCAGUGUUGUAGGCGGAGGUAACGUGUUGCAAUCGGCCACAUCAGCAGGAAUGCAUCCGAUUUCUACUCCAGCUAUUUCACACAGAGAUGCUCUUAUGCAGGAAGCUGUUGAGAAAGCUCGUAAGGCUGCAGAGCUGAAUGCCAAGAUUCAGCAGACACUGGCUGCGAAACCAAGCUUGCUUAGCAAUCUUGGAGCUGCCAAGCUAAUAUCUGACCCAGAGAAACUGCUUGAACAAGCCAAACCAGCUCCUCUCAUUCUUGACGACAAAGGAAGAACGGUUGACGAGUCAGGAAAAGCCAUUCAACUGACCAGACGGAUACCAACCUUGAAGGCAAAUAUCCGUGCAAAGAAGCAGGAACUGUUUAAGAUGGAGAAGCCGAAGGUUGAGGAUACAUCACAGAAUCCUUACUACGACUUGAGAGUUCGUGGAGGGUUUCACGUACGAUCAAAGAGAUCAUUCACAUUUCACGAGAAAGGCAAGUUUGAGCAACUGGCUCAGAAACUGAGAGCAAAAGCUCAGCUUGAGAAGCUACAGAGCGAGAUCUCGUCGGUAUCAAAGAAAUCGUCAAUUUCGACUGCAACUCGUUUGGCACUUAUUGCUCCCAAUCAAGAGGAUGAUGACCCUAUUCCUGAUGUCGAGUGGUGGGAUGCUGUCAUUCUUCCCAAUGAAACAUAUGCCGAUAUUGUAAUUAAUAUUACAGACGGCCGAGACCCAAUUAGUACAAAGUACAGAGGAAUCACUAAUCUUAUUGAACAUCCCAUCCAAAGGAGGCCACCAGCUGAACCAAGGAGAGUUGUGCCACUGCCUAUUAUCAUGACAAAGAAGGAGAGGAAAAAGUUGAGGUCUCAACGCCGACGUGAUGUGGAGAAAGAGAAGCAGGAGAAGAUACAGUUGGGAUUAGAGCCACCACCUCCACCAAAAGUUAAAAUCUCAAAUCUGAUGAGAGUAUUGGGCAAUGAAGCUAUACAAGAUCCAACCAAAAUUGAAGCUCAUGUGAGAGCACAAAUGGCAGAGAGACAGAGAAAACACGAAGAAGCCAAUGCAGCCAGGAAGCUAACCAAAGACGAACGCAAAGCAAAAGUAUUAAAGAAAAUCAUUGAAGACACAUCACUUGGAGUGCAUGUUGCCGUCUUCAGAGUUCGAGAUCUCAGCAAUCCUGCACACAAGUUCAAGGUUGAUAUGAAUGCACAACAAUAUCAUUUAACAGGAUGUACGAUACUUUUUAAGGACGUCAAUCUUGUUAUCGUUGAAGGAGGGCCAAAGGCUUUGAAGAAGUAUAAGAAACUAAUGUUGCAUAGGGUAAAGUGGGAACAGCAGAAGAAAGGUCGUGCUCGAGACAGCGACAAACAGUCCAGUGAAGAGAACAAAUGUGAUCUUGUAUGGGAGGGAACAAACAAAGAACGCAGCUUUAUUGACUGGAAAAUCAAGCAAGUGGCUGCAGAGGUUUUUGCUCGAGACCAUCUCAGGAAGUACGGUGUUGAACACUACUGGGAUCUUGCUCUCAGUCGCUCAAUUGUAGAAGAGGAUGAUAAAGAGUAGUUGAUGAGAAUGCAAUAGAUGGUGAUCAUG